CGAUCCGCCAUGACGACGGAACACGAGACUUCUUCCCCCUCUCGGUGCUCCGAGUUCCCACCCUGGGUCCUCCUCGACACGGUAGUGCGCGUCCGCCGCUGCGAGAACGAGACCACCGCCCAUGCCACGAACAGUGCCGGCCGCCCCAUCAACAUGUCCUUCGAGGUCGUCGACCCUCCAGGCCUCUCCCACUGCGUCAUCGACUGCCCCGACCUCACGGAGGACGAACCCACGGCCUGCGUCAGCGGCGCCGACGGCGCCUUCCUCCUCAUGCGCGUGUUCUUCCCCGAGCGCGACGGCAGACAGAUGUUCGACGACGUCUUCGUCUACAAACAAGGCCGGCCCGGGGGCGCCGCCGUCGCUCUGCCGUCUACCGCAACCCUACCCGGCUCGCCUUCUUUCCAAGCAUGUCGGCGUCUUGUCCUGCGGCGCCGGCGAGCACUGCUUGGUCGUGUGGCGCGGAUUUGUGUUACAAGUUUGAUCCCACCAAAGUGUUCUCCGUCUCAGGAGACUCGCUGGCCUGGGUUGAUUUCCAGAUCGGUAUUCUGCUGUGCAAAAAUGUUGACGAGGACCCUGAGAUGCUGCUGAUCCAACUCCCCACAUUGCUGGCCGCCAACAAGGAGAGAUAUCGUGAUUGUUACAGUCCUGAUUUGGAUCCGAUUCGGGAUGUUACCUUCAGAGACGGCCGGUUCAGGUUCAUCGAGAUGGAAUUUCUGGAGUUCGCUGACACCGACACCUUUCAGCUACGAUGGAGGGCCACCGUGUUUGAGAGCACGGUCAGUUCUAACUGGGAGCGGUUCUGCACUGUCAACUCUGAUGAGAUUUUGCCCUCAGAUUCAUGUUAUUGGUUUCCUGAGACCGAUGAUGAGAAGGGGAACGAGCCAAUCUUGAACAAGGUGAUAAGCCGGUCACCCAUGCUGGAUCUGUACCAUGACGAUGUUGUCUACAUCAUUGCCAGGCAGAAGCCAAGAGAUCCAAACGGUUGGGUGCUUGCUGUCAACACCAAAAGCAAAAAACUGGAACAAGUGAGGUCCUACUCUGCUGACAGGUUGUAUUUCCAUCGCUUUUACCUGCAAUGCGCCUUCUCCAAGUAUCUCAGCAAGGCUCCAGGGGUAUUGAUGGAGAAUACCAGCAAGGGAGACCAGCGACCGUUUAUUUUCUGUGUUACCUCUAUACUGGUUUUUCAACCAGUUCAGGAAAUUUGGUAAGCUCUUGAAACAUGAGUGUUAUAGUGAGGUCUGGCGACUACUUCAUGGUGAUUUAGCAUCGAUUCUGAAUAUUCAUAUUCAACAAGUUGUCGAAUAUGCUGACAGCAAUGGUCAAGGUGAAGCUGCCUAUAAUGCUGUGGCCAUUUACAAGCAAGCUACAAAAGAGAUUGACAUCUCUUGGGGUAACCUAUCAGCAUGUGCUGAAGUAAUAGGAGACAAUUGAUGCUGCGGUUGGAGCUUUAGACGAUCUAUUACAAAUGGUACCAUCAGAAGUGCUGGAUUUAGGGAGGCAAUUGAUUGCAGUUGCAAUUGGUAAUGAAUCUGUUGAUGAAGUGGUCAUUGCUGAGAAGUUUGAAUCCCAAGUACUUACUGCUUGAUGCAACACCCUGCUGAAGGUUGACUAUCGUGGACCAUUCUAAUAGGAUUUACAGACAAGCCGUGUGAUCUUGAUUUCAAACUUGACUUUCCAGUAUGAAUACAUAUUGCAGAUCUACUAUCAUUUCUUUAAACAUCAUGAAUAUUUCAUUACUCGUCUAUAUAUAUAGUAUUUGAGACAGACGGAAGGAAACAACUAUGCGGCUACUAUGUAUGUGAGUUCAUCCACACGUUUUGCGGUGGCACCAAGAGGAUGGCGCAACAAGAAUCUGAUAUUUGAAAAAUGAAAGGGGACCUCAUUGAACCUGAAAGAAUUAGUACAAUUCAAGAAGCAAUCUGUGAAUUCCUGCUAGAUGAGGUCAUAAAUCCCAACGGAGAAUUUUAUGCAAAUUAUAGGAUAAGCGUGGGUAACUUGAUCCAGAUAGGGACAAUGUUGAAGACAGUAAUAUUUGAAGUACUUGUUAGAAAACAACCUAUGUGGAUGGCAACUUGUAAUUUUUUAUCCCAAGUGCAUUAUUAUUUGAAGUAAAUGUCAUAUUCCAAGUGUA